UUAGAACGUCGUUUACAACCUGCUAUAUUGGUUGUUACAACCGGUGACGGGAGGUGUUAAUAACACCGCGUUCGAACGUUUUGGUAGCGACUUGGUGGGUUUUGGCGCGGGUUUAAGGGCGUACUACUCCAGUUUGUGGUACUGAGUCCUUCAGUCGGCUGCCAGGCGCCACCGCCAUAGCGUCCCUCAUCCCAGCAUCUCUGGCUAUCUCUCCACCAUGGCUGAUGUGCAGAUGAAGAAAUGGGGUCGCGGGGAGUACUGGGGGCUGGGGUCCGAGCACGACCCGGGCUGGCUGCUGACGGAGAGGCAGAAGGAGAUACAGGAGCAACUCCUCGAGCUCUGCAGGGUUAAGAUCAGACCAAAUGCAAUCCAGUGUGACCGAGACUAUGUGUUCCCAAGAGCUUCCUUGGACGCCCUGGCGGAGCUGGGGCUCCUGAGCCUUAUAGUGCCCCGGGAGCUGGGUGGACAGGGGGAGAACCACGUGUGUUCAGCUAUGGUCUGUGAGACCAUAGCUCGCUAUGGCUGUCCCUCCACCGCUAUGGUCUAUACCAUGCAUCUAAGUGCUGUUACCGCCCUCCUGCUGCGGUACCACGACAAUCACCGCGUUCAAGCUCUUCUGUCUCGUCUGGAUAAGGACAAGAUGGUCGGUACUCUCUCCUACUCUGAUCCUGCUACUGGUGGACACAUCUGGUAUCCUAUGUCCUCCAAGGUGAAGUGUCUUGAUGAGGAGACAAUCCAGCUCCUCAAGUUUGGGUCUUGGGCCACGAGUGCCGGCCACGCUGACUGGUACACCAUCCAGACGGUCAGUCCCAACUACGGCGGUGACUACUCCAACCUCUCCUGCUUCCUUGUCUUCAAGGAUGAAGUGCGGGCCAGCACGGACGACUGGCGGGCGCUGGGAAUGCACGGCAACAUGUCCGGCCCUCUGGUGGUCGAGGGCAAGUUUAACUUGGAUAGGAUGAUCGGCCCGCCUGGUGAUGGUCGUUUUAGCAACGACGAGACUGUUGAUCCCUAUUUCCUGCUGUGCUCAGCCGCUGUGUGGAACGGUAUCUCCCUAGCAUGCAUGGAUGUGGCCAGGAAGCACGUUACUCGCAAGGCUCACGCUGAUGUGGGGAUGCGAGUGUGUGACUACCCCACAAUACAGGACUACUUUGGUGAAUGCAUAAGCGACACCAACUCGUCCCGGGCACUGACCUUCCUCGUGGCCCAAGCCAUGGACACCAGGAGCCACAACAACGACUGGUCACUCCACGUUGACCUCCAAUUUGCUCCAAGGACAGAAUACCUACAGUGGCUUUGGCAGGUCAAGUUUAUUGCUGCCAAGAACGUGGCCAGUGUGUCUGACAAGAUGCUGUUUGCCUGUGGUGGCACAGGAUAUAAGAUUGAGUUGGGUUUGGAGCGCCUCUUGCGAGACGGCAAGGCUGGCUGGGUGAUGGGACCCUCUAACGAGGUGCUCAGGCAGUUCCUUGGCAAGAGUGUCCUCUUGGGCCCAAACUCCUUUGAUUUUUGGGAGCAGCAUCCCAACGAGCGGAUCAUUCACCAUGAACUGAAGAAGAUGAGUCUGGAAGAGAAGAGGAAGCUGGCCAAGAGUCUUCUGGAGGACGUCGAGGCGGAGGAGAAGGGAGCAGAGGACAAACAUGUCUUCCAGGAAACUGACUUUGAAAAUCCUUUCAAUACCUGUCCUCCUGCAGUUAAUGCCGAGAUCCUGGAGACGAGUGAUGGGGUGAGUCACGAGCCAGCGCUGAAGCCUGAAGCGUGGACGCUGCUCAGCCUUCAGUCCCACACACGUGUUAGUGAGAAGAUGGGCGCCUUCGUCUUCUCUCUGCCUCACACUACUGACCACACGGGAUGUUUCGCAGGGCAGUAUGUUGCGGUUAAAGUCAACAUCAAUGGGAAGGAACAUUUUCGCUAUUUCUCCCCUGUGUCAUGCCCCAAUGACUUCGGUCACAUUGACCUCGUGCUCAGGUUUGAGACGCAGGGGCUCGUUUCCCGCCAUUUUCAAGCCCUGAAACCAGGGGACAAGGUGGAAUUCCAAGGUCCGUGUGGAGGCUUUGAAUACGAGACAAAUGGGCUGGAUGAGUUGACUUUGUUGGCAAGUGGAGGCGGCGUCACCCCGGCCAUGCAACUCAUCCGCUACAUCAUCAGGGACCCCACUGAUAAUACCAACAUUAAACUUAUAUACUUCUCUGAGAACUGUGAUGAGAUUCUCUAUCGUGAAGAACUGGAUCAGUAUGCAGCGAGAGAUGAGAGGCUGAAGCUGGUGUAUACACUGGGGGAGGCCCCUGAGCACUGGGAAGGAGAGGAAGGCUUCAUAGACACACACAUGAUUGAUAAGCAUGUCACCAAGCCUAAUGGCAUGCGGCAUAAGAUUGUGAUGUGUGGGGGCCCGACCAUGAGCAUCUCCUGCCUCCACUCCCUACGGUCGCUUGGCUUCUCGGCUGAGUGUAUCUUCAUUUACGGCCAGUUUGGAACAGAGCAAGUGAAGGCGGUGUAUGGGAGAAAUGUUAAGCUCUCCAAUCAUCGCUGUGAUAACUCUCUCUAACAUAUAUGUUACGUGGUUUGGUAUGUAACAAGUAGAGUGCAGUGUUUGGCAGAAAUGUAAAGCUCUUCCCAUUACAUGUUCUGAUAUGCUCUUAGAUAUCAGAACUCGAUAAAUAUAUGUUGAUUUCCCUAGAACUGACAACACUUGAUAAAUGUUAUCGAUAUUUGAGACGAGGUGACUGUAAGUGUUUUGAUCUUCAACUUGUAACAUAUUACUUACUGCAACAAAAGAAGUUGUAAUUGUAACCAAGGAAUUUAUAGCAGCUUCUUUAAUAAUGCUCUAUGAGUCGCAUAGAAGCUGCCCACUGGGAAAAUGACUGGGGUCAACCUGACUUAAGAGAAUUUAAGGUCAUGGAUAUGAGUAAGUACAUCAAUUGCCCGACCAUGGCAAAAAUCUACUUAAACAGAAGACCAGGCACUGAAUAUUUUAUGUACAACAUAAAAAAUACAACUAUAAAUAAAUGUCAAAAAAUUUGAA